AUUUUAGAUUAGAAAUUGGAACGUAACAGGAUACUGUGUCUAUGUCUAGUGCGUUUUCUAUUUCGUAACUGCGAUUUCUUAUUACGUUCUUUCUAUGAAUUACGUUAUGAGGUCUGAAUUUUGAGAGUCACAAUAAUAGAAUAUGGCUGAGAUAGAGGAGUUCAAUACAAAUGAGAGUUGGUUUAACUGGACUAAGUAUUCUUCCAGUAUGCUCCGAGCUAUUGAAAAAUCUAUAUUGUCACAUUUAAAACGUCCCUACCGCGGAAUGUUUGUCGAUAUCGGUACCUGCGUUGGAGAUUCUGACAAAAUAUGGACCAUAGUUAUGAAUACCGAGGCUAAACGAACACCAAUUCUCAUGCUCCAUGGGUUAGGUGCUGGUGUCGCCCUUUGGGUUUUAAAUCUGGAUGAGCUUGCUAAACAUCGUACUGUGUAUGCCAUCGAUAUUUUGGGAUUUGCUAGAAGCUCUAGACCAGAAUUUUGCGACGAUGCUAUGAUUGCUGAAAAACAAUUGGUGAAAUCGAUCGAUGAAUGGCGUAAAGAAGUAGGCUUGAAGGAAAUGAUCAUUCUUGGUCAUUCUAUGGGGGGAUUUCUGGCUGCCAGUUAUGCUUUGUCGUAUCCUGAACGAGUUAAACAUCUAAUACUAGCAGAUCCAUGGGGAUUUCCCGAGAGGCCUGAACAAAUCGCGAGUAAAUACAAAAUUCCUUGGUGGGCAAAACCACUGGUUGCCGCUUCGCAAGCCUUAAACCCGUUAUGGAUUUUACGGUUUUCCGGUCCGCUGGGAUCUUGGUUAGUAGGAAAAACCAGACCAGAUAUAAUGCGGAAAUUUUCUAGCGUGGUGUCAAAUCAGGAUGAUAUUCCCAACUAUAUUCACCAGUGUAAUGCGCAGAAACCGAGUGGUGAAAGUGCUUUUCAUACCAUGAUGGAUAAGAUUGGUUGGGCCAAAAAUCCCAUGAUCACUCGUAUACAAAAUCUAAAACCCAGUGUGCCUAUAACGUUUGUGUACGGUUCCAAGUCUUGGGUAGAUAAUAGUCCAGGAGAAACGAUAAAACAGUUACGAGAACAAGGAUACGUUAAAGUGCAUCGCAUACAAAACGCCGGUCAUCAUGUGUACGCGGAUGAUGCCGAAACGUUUAACAAAUUAGUUAAUGAAGCUUGUGCCACGUGCGACAUAGACAAACAAACUCAAAUGAACGAUGAGUCAUUUCAGAGAACAUUAUGACCAAGCACAUUUUGAAAGCCUUCCAGUUGAUUCAGUUGCAGGUCUAACAAACCAGGCGUCGUAUGUUCAAAACUCUACCUCUACUGGGAGAGGUUAUUGAAGUCAAUAGGAUCGUAGCACUAGCCCCGCAAUUGUCCUGCACUCCAACAAUUGGCUACGAGGUGUUGCAUCAAACCAGAAGUUCAAGUUUCGAACACGGAAUGUAGCAUCUAGGCUUUGUUUUGCAUUGUGGAGCUUGUUUUACGUCAACGAUAGAUAGUGAUACUGUACAGUUAUAUAGUUUUUGUUAUAAUCAUUUAAAAUGAAAUGUAAUCACUAAUUGAGCUUGCUGACGUUUAUCGUACGCACACAUCGACGCGCGAUUUGUUGUUGCUGUUGUUAGAUUUUACAUUGAUUUUACACGUUUGUUUUUGUUUUCCCCCAGUUAUACCCCGGUAAAAAACAUACGUUUGAGUGAUAAACGAUAAGUUUUUGUAGCCUUUUGCACUGGGAUUAGCAAGCUCUAUAUCAUAUUAUAUCUUUGUUGCAAACUCUAUUACCAUUCGUUCUUAAAACUUUUGUUACAUUAUUCUAUCAUUUAGGUUUCUCAGUUAACGGAUUUUUUGCAGAAAGUAGUCCUAAGUUAUGUUAACAGGAAAUUACGUAUGUCUGUAAUGUAGAUACAAUUAGAAUGCUUUGUUAAAUUAAACAUCUGUAGGCUUGGACUUCAAUAGAGG